CAUUUUUUUGUGUCUCAAUUUCCAAAGUACAGUACUGUAACAUUUUUAUCAAACAAAAAGAGCAUGAAACUAAACCCCUCUUUAAGAACACUCACCAACACUUCAAUAAACCCAAUUCUCAGACUUAAACAUUAUUAUUCCGUUGCAAUCAAUACCAAGAAAACCCCAUUAUGUUACACUGAAUGUGAUCCUCACAUUGCACAAUACCUGUUUGAUAAAACUCCUCAGAGACUAACAACCCUUAAAGAACAUAACCAAUUACUCUUUCGUUACUCUCGCGAUAAUCAAACCAAAGAAGCCCUCAAUUUGUUUGUGUCCCUUUUUCGUUCUUCUUUACAACCUGAUGAAUCCACAUUGUCUUGUGUUAUCAAACUUUGUGCUAGUUCCUUUGAUGGGAAAAUGGGUAGGCAAGUUCAUUGUCAAUGUGUUAAAUUUGGACUUGUGUAUCAUGUUAGUGUUGGAACUUCACUUGUUGAUAUGUAUAUGAAAUCUGAGUCUGUUGAUGAUGGAAGGAGAGUUUUUGAUGAAAUGGGUGAGAGGAAUGUUGUGUCUUGGACUUCGUUGCUCGCGGGUUAUUCGUGGAAUGGAUUAUAUGAUUGUGUAUGGGAAUUGUUCUGCCAGAUGCAGUUUGAGGGGUUUUUUCCUAAUCAGUAUACUGUUUCUACUGUAAUUGCAGCUUUGGUUAAUGAGGGUGCUGUUGAUUUAGGAUUGCAGGUUCAUGCCAUGGUUGUUAAGCAUGGUUUUGAGGAUGCAAUACCUGUGUGCAAUUCUCUGAUUAGUAUGUAUUCAAGGGCAGGGAUGUUGAGAGAUGCUAGAGAUGUUUUUGAUAAAAUGGAGAACAAGGAUUGGGUUUCUUGGAAUAGCAUGAUUGCAGGACAUGUGAGAAAUGGACAAGAUUUUGAGGUUUUUGAAAUUUUUAGUAAAAUGCAAUGUGCAGGAGUUAAACCUACUUAUAUGACAUUUGCUAGUGUUGUUAAGUCAUGUGCUAGCCUUAGAGAAUUGGUGUUAGUAAGAUUGAUGCAAUGUAAGGCUCUGAAGAGUGGUUUUACCACAAACGAAAUUGUCAUAACUGCACUCAUGGUAGCAUUGAGUAAGUGCAAUGAAAUGGAUGAUUCGUUUAGUCUAUUCUCGUUGAUGGAAGAAGGUAAAAAUGUGGUGUCAUGGACUGCGAUGAUCAGUGGUUACUUGCAGAAUGGUGGCACUAACAAGGCUGUGAAUUUGUUUUCUCAAAUGAGAAGGGAAGGUGUUAAACCAAAUCAUUUUACAUAUUCUGCGAUCCUUACUGUGCAGCAUGAUGUUUUCGUUUCCGAAAUGCAUGCUGAAGUUAUCAAAACUAAUUAUGAAAAGUCAUCUUCGGUAGGAACUGCACUUUUAGAUGCUUAUGUUAAGUUAGGAAAUACUAACGGUGCUGUUAAAGUUUUCAAGAUAAUUGAAGCGAAGGACUUGAUGGCAUGGUCAGCAAUGCUCGCAGGAUAUGCACUAACAGGAGAAACCGAAGAAGCUGCUAAAAUCUUCCAUCAAUUGAUAAAAGAAGGGAUCAAACCAAACGAGUUUACCUUUUCCAGCAUCAUCAAUGCUUGUGCUUCUCCUACCGCGGCAUCAGAACAAGGAAAACAGUUUCAUGCCUAUGCAAUUAAAAUGAGAUUUCAUAACGCUUUAUGUGUAAGCAGUGCUCUUGUUACCAUGUAUGCAAAGAGAGGCAAUAUUGAUAGUGCACAUGAAGUUUUUAAAAGGCAGAAGGAUAGGGACUUGGUUUCUUGGAAUUCAAUGAUCUCUGGAUAUUCACAACAUGGCCAGGCCAAAAAAGCUUUAGAGGUAUUUGAUGAGAUGCAAAAACGAAACAUGGAAGUGGAUUCCGUAACAUUCAUCGGAGUCAUUACUGCCUGCACUCAUGCUGGCCUAGUGGAAAAAGGUCAAAAGUACUUCAAUUCAAUGAUCAAUGAUCAUCACAUUAAUCCAACAAUGAAGCACUACUCUUGCAUGAUAGAUUUAUAUAGUCGUGCAGGGAUGCUGGAAAAAGCUAUGGAUAUCAUAAAUGAGAUGCCAUUUCCUCCUGGUGCAACUGUGUGGCGCACUCUCUUGGGAGCCGCUCGAGUACACCGCAAUAUAGAGCUCGGAGAACUUGCUGCUGAAAAACUUAUUUCUCUUCAGCCAGAAGACUCGGCUGCAUAUGUCCUAUUAUCCAAUAUGUAUGCUGCAGCAGGAAACUGGCAAGAGAGAACCAAUGUGAGAAAACUAAUGGAUAAAAGAAAAGUGAAAAAAGAACCAGGGUAUAGUUGGAUUGAGGUUAAAAACAAGACAUACUCAUUCUUGGCUGGUGAUUUGACACACCCUUUGUCAAACCAAAUUUACUCGAAACUUUCAGAGUUGAGUAUCAGGUUGAAAGAUGCAGGUUAUCAACCUGAUACAAACUAUGUAUUUCAUGAUAUUGAAGACGAACAGAAAGAAACUAUUCUUUCUCAUCACAGUGAAAGGCUGGCUAUUGCUUUUGGGUUAAUAGCUACACCUCCUGAAAUUCCAAUCCAGAUUGUGAAGAAUCUUAGGGUCUGUGGAGAUUGUCAUAACUAUAUCAAGUUAGUAUCACUCAUUGAACAGAGAUAUAUUGUUGUCAGAGAUUCAAAUCGGUUUCAUCACUUUAAAGAUGGAUUGUGCUCAUGUGGAGACUAUUGGUGAUAUUUGAGCUAUAAUGUGUUGUUUUGAAGAUGCUUAAGCAUCAUGUGCAUUAGAAUUCUUUUGGCAAAGAAAAUUUUAAAUUAGGCGAGACACACUCUCAUGGCAAGGUCAGAGAGAACCGUCAAUUUCAUUGAAAAAUUAGAAUAUAAUUUAUGUAUAGUUUACCAAUGGCGGAAUUACGAACUUGAACCCAAGGCAUGGCAGGUGUGAGCCAAGGUACAAAGAGAAACCAUGAAAGCUUCUCUGUGAAGCAUAAAGUCUCAAGGAAGCUUUAUGUAAGGAGACUUGUCGGAUUAGGAAUUGAAAUCACAUGUACAUUGCAUUGGUUCUCUGCUCUGAGUGAGAUAGGCCAUGGUAGAUAUUGUUCAACUUGUGAAUAAUGAUCCAUCAACAGAACUUUUAGAAAGUAUGCUUUUAAUAUUUGCUAUAACAAAAAGGUCCAUAGCAUUUCUAUAAUUUGUUAACUGAUUGCAGGAAUCCUCAAAAGUCCCAACCAAUUUUGCUUAUUAACUGAUUCAACAAGUAAUAAUUAAUUUAGUUAUUUCAUCUAUGUUUUGAGAGUAAUUGGUGUCCAAAAUUUAUGUAACUGAAUUAUAAGUACACAAAAUUUGGUAAUGUAACCAAGUCAA